AUGCAUUUUUGGUUUAUUAUUAACUACACAGACGACGAAGAUCUACAAAUAGGAGACAUUUUAUCGCCACUUAACCUAAGUAUUAGUACCGACAUCGUUCUUGCUCAUUAUCGAGAUGGUUAUUACGAGCUAAUUGAUGUUUUUAAUUACGGAAAAAUACAAGGAAAUAGUUUAGAGUAUGCAACAUUAGGAACAUGGAGCGAAAUAAAUGGAAUAAAACUUAUUGUGAAUCGUUUUAAAUAUUACUCCCGUUGGAACUUUCAUAACUUGACAUUGAGAGCUGUAUCUGUGAUUUUGGAGCGGCCAAAAGUGUUUAAACCGGAAAUGUUAACUGGCCUGGCCUACACUGCUGGUGUUUCAGCCAUGACGAAAAUAACUGCGCAGCUGCUCAACGUCCUCAUGGAGCAACAUAAUUUUAGAUUUAACUAUACUAUAGCUGUCACCAAUUCAUUACUAUGGGGUGAACAAGACAUAUCUUGCACGUGUGCGCGAAUAUUCCCCAAAUGGCUUGAUUGGGUCGAUAUUUUCUUUCCUGCUACGACUACUUUAGAGACCAAAUUUUACUACCUGAUCCCUGACAAAGGCGUUGGAGAUUACGAGAAUCGCUUCUUAACCCCAAUGUCUUCUGGUGUAUGGUGGUGCUCUUGCGCUACUGGCGUUGCUUGCAUUAUUAUACUGGCUACUGCAGCGAGAAUAGAAAGCAGACCCGAACCUCAUGUAUACGCUUUCUUUAGCGUUUUUGCAACAACUUGUCAACAGGAAUAUGAAGAUGGGGUGCAAAUUAUACAACAGGCUUUCUCCAGUCAAGGCCGGCGGCUUAUACUACUCGUAAUUGGAUUAACAAGCAUGCUUCUUUACAACUAUUACACCAGCAGCGUGGUAUCAUGGCUUCUAAACGCUGCAGUUCCAACACUCGACAAUUUAGAUGCAUUGAUGAAAAGCGAUCUGGAACUUGUGUUUGAAGAUAUCGGCUACACUAGAGGCUGGCUUGAUAAUCCAGGGUUCUUUUACUAUAGCGGUUAUAAAAAUCCUAAAGAAGAUGAAUUGAGAAACAAAAAGGUUAUCAAAGGGAAGCGAACUGUGCCUUUGCUUCAGCCGGUGAAUACAGGAAUUGAAUUAAUACGAACUGGAGGCUAUGCAUAUCACACCGAGCCUUACACUGCUUAUCAAGCGAUCUCAAAAACUUUCGAUGAGACAGAACUUUGCAACUUGGGCUAUUUACAAAUGAUGCAGCCAGCGCAUGUUUACAUCAUGGCCCAGAGACAUAGUCCUUAUAAACAAUUUUUCAUUUGGAGCUUGAUGCGCCUUCAAGAACGUGGACACGUGAAAGCGGCACGGAGUAGAAUAGGCGACUAUUCGUUCGCGUGUUCCGGGCGUGCCCCGCGCGCCCUGGCAUUGGGUCAAGCGGCGCCUGCGUUUGCAUUACUGGCGGAGGCGAUACUACUGGCAAUAUUCAUUCUGAUCAUCGAAAAGCUGUGGCAUAGAUUGAACACACUAGAAAGAAGAUUAAUACUAAGAAAUAAUCACGUAGAUAGU